AACUCGCGGCAAAUACGACGCCGCUCGCACGCACACGCGGCGCACAUCUCCACGCGCCGCCCCACACGCGAAUUUCGACCCUUAGUACAAGGAGCUGGUAUCAAUUUCCCGUAGCGACAAACGGCGGGAAUCAGUGUGUGAUUCGAUUUUUAAAUUUGUUUUUUUUUCUUUGUCACCGAGUGAUAGUGAGGUGCCAGUGCUUAAUUUCAAGUGAUCUAUGCAUGUGUGUGAUUUAUAAGAGGUGUUUUAAUUGAGGCUCAAAUUUGUAUUUUAUUGUAUCACGGCUGCAGGCAGUUCUAAUAAUAAGUUGUAAGUGAUAGUGAAAUAUAGUGUACCUACAUUUAGUGAUAUAAUAACGUGAAAGUAGUAAUUAUCAAGUGCAUCAUAUAUUUUUUUUAUAAAUAAAAGUGCUAAGUGCCGUGUGUCAAGAUGAUGACCUUGUACCGGACCAUCAAGGGCACUGGAACGCUGAAGAAGAAGAGGAGGGAAAGAAGUCUAGGCCCGUUCGAAGCGGCGGUCCCAGGUGGCGAGAUGGUGUCCCGGCGCCGCAUCCUGUCCCGCUCCCGCGACGACCUCACGCAGGCCUUCACCACCCAGCUGGAGGAGGAAGAAGACGUGUGGUACCAGAAGGACAAGCUUUAUAAGGAGCACAUCCAGGAGGUGCUGGACAAGUGGACGCAGAUCGACGACGAGAUCUGGGCGAAGGUGAUCGUGUUCGAGAGAAAUCGCCGCGUGGCGAAGGCGUAUGCGCGCGCGCCGGUGCUCACCAUCAACGGCUCUGACGACGGCUUCGAUGGCAUGAGAAUUGGUCUUUGUGGAUUUGAUAACCCGCACAGAGAUCCGAAGACAGAAGAAUUAAAAAGACACAUAGGACAGGGUGUAAAAAUAAAGAUGGAUGACGCUGGUAACAUACUCAUCAGACGCUAUUCCAAAAGUAGCGUUUUCGUGAAGAGUACAGCCGCAACUAACAGCGAGGAGACGGCGAUAGGGCAAGACGUUAUGAAAAUGCCGGGAUACGCGCUGGAACAGGAGAAAAUAUUCAAGCUAUUCGACAUGAAGAAGUUCCAGUCGAACGUGAACCGGGAGCUGCGGCGCGCGUACCCGGACCGGCGGCGCCUGGAGACUCAGUGCCUCAGCGCCAUCGCCUUCGUCAAGUCUGAUGCUGAGCUACUCGAGUGCCCCAUCUGGGUCAUGAUCAUCAACGUCGUCGCCAUGGACAUGCUCAAGUCGAAGCUUCCACCAGUUCAAAGACCGAUGGACAUCAAGAACAGGCCGCGCAUCCCGAUCCCUGACGAGGACCCGUACAGCAUCGCCAGCUCCAACGCCAACGGGUCAGGGUCCAGCGGCAGCUCGGGCUACGGGCACGGCAACGGCCACGGCGUGGUCGCCGCCACCAGGGAGCAGCUACUCAUGCAGAUGGAGAGGGGGCAGAGGAGAGGGGACAAGCCCCCCAAACUGCCGCCCAGAGAAAAUGGAUACGGACCAGCAGACAUACCGAAGGUAAGAAAGCCGGACUACGACGACAUAGAAGAGAAUGGCCGCGCCGUCACACAGUUCCCGAGAGGCAAAUCAGACAAAGGGAAAGACAACAAAAAAUACGAUGACCCCUACUACUGCGGCUUGCGCGCGCGAGUGCCCAACUUCGUAAAGACGAACGGCGCCAAGGUCCUCCCGGCGAUGGCGGAGCGCAUGACUCUGAAGGAGGCGCCCGUGCCCAGCAAGCGCUUCAGCGUGGCGCACGCGCACCCGGGCCCGUUCCCGCCGCACAUGGCGCCCUUCGCGCAUGCGCCGAUGCCGCCCGCGGCGCUCUGGCACGCCCGCUCGUACGAGAGCGGUAUCGAUGGCGACCACUAUGACCCGUACGCGUUGUAUGGACGACUCCCGAUCCCCGGCCGCGGCUUCCCGCCACCCCCGGCCGCUCACGCUCGUCAUAUGUUCAUCGGAGAAUGGGAUUAGAUUUUUAGAAUUUUUAUGUGUAAUUAUCAUAUUGGACCUAGCGAUCGCGUAUUGUCAAAUCGACUCACUGAUGAUUUAUAACUUUUUGCGAAAAAAGGGAAAGGAUUUUGAAUUGUUUUUAUAAAGUCAGUUUGCGUUCUGAAUUCUUAUGUCCGUAAAUGACUGAUAAGAAUAUAAGACAUCUAUCGAAAAGGAAAAGCUAAGUAAAAAGUCGUCUAUGUAGAAAUAUUUCGGUAUGACAAUAUCAAUCCAUUAUUAAAUUGUUUGUUGUAAACAUGUAAAUAUUUACGUUUGUUAUGUAAUUUAAUCUAAAUUGUACAGGUCUAGAAGGUCGUCGUUAAUCAAUAAAGAUUUUAAGUUGCUCGUUUCCUGUCUGGACUUUUCAACCUUUAUUAUGUACUUAAUUAACAUUCCACUGUAUGAAACGAGUAGCUUAAGAGCAAAUUAUAAUUAGGUAGGUAGGUAUAUUAAACUUUAACGAUUCAUACAGAUAAUGCUUUAGUUUUGCUUGCGCAUUAUUUGAAAAUUUUGAAAGCUGUAUAGGUGAUGUUUACCAAGUUUUAGAUAUAGGCGAGCUGUUGUAAAAAUAGUUAGUAGAUAUUUUAUACUGUAUUGUAUUGUAUGAAGCGUAUUUUAUGCAACCAAUCACUGCCACUAUGAUUCAACGUCAGAUUUAGCACCUCGCUAUUUGACUGUCGGUUGUUUUAAUUAUUUAUCGACUGCAACUACUGCAAGUCGAAUUUUAAAAUAAGUGUCAAUCCUAGUCAGAACAGGGUUGGGAAUGUAAGAAAAUUGAUGCUAAGGUUUAAUAUUUUAGUCCGAGUUGAGAGUGAAUAUUAGUACCUACCUUAACUAUUUUCUCUAGCACUAGUUAUUGUAAGUGACAGCGCAAUAGUAGAAUAAUUAUUGAAAGACGAUAGGAUUUCGGAUCAUAUUAUUAAUAAUAUUGUAGAUAUGCACUUCACGUCGCGACGGUAGGUAGGUACUCAAUAUAUAAUAUAUCACCUAUUAUAGGGACUAAGAAAUAUGGUGAUUUUCCUUUAAUUAUUAAUUAAACAUCUUAAAAUCAUAAUCAUAACAUAACACAUUAUAUCCAUGAUCCAUGUUAUUUAUUACUGGCUCAUAAUGGGACAAAACGGAUAGCGCACCAUUUGUAAAUAUUAUUGCUGUUUAGUUAAUAGCGUCUUAUCUUAAAUACUUAGACGUUUUAUAUAGGUUUUCCUGAAUUUUCUUUCUUCGCCAAUACUCAAUGUUGUUAUAAUAUUUUUUUAAAUGUAAGUUUUAUCCAUUUCUCGAUAACGUAAUAUAAAUUAUCGUCACUUUAUUUACUUAGUUUAUGCUUAGUAGUCAAGUUAAUGUUUAGAGCACUACUUACUUAUAUCAAAUAGGUAGUGUAAAUUUAAGAGGUAUAAUAUUUUAAAAUAUGCUUUAUAUUAAAAUGAAAAGUUUGUCGUAUGGAUCAAAAUUUUAAGUUUCUAGGUGCUAAGCAGGUUACCAUGUAGGUAUCUUAUGUAUUAUUGUAAAUAAUUAUAAAGAUACUUUUUAAAUCAAAUAUGUCACAAAAUACACAAAUGCAUUUUAAUCUUCCUGUUAUUUAUAUAUGCUGUAUAGUGUAUUUAAAAUCCUAAUAACUAUUAUUCUUAUUCGGUAGUUUUUACUUUUAUAUGAACAUCAACAUCCACGUUAUAUUUUGUAAAGUAGGGUGUUGGUUAAUGAGUAACCUAUUUCUAUUAAGGAAUAUGUACGAAUAAAUGUAAAAUUAUUUUUAAACAA